UUGAUGUUUCAUUUUCAUAUCUGAAAGAAUUCAAACAGUCGCUGUUGCUUGCACCUAACUCGAGUUUCACUCUCCUGAAUUUCAGUUAUAUUGAGUUCCUUAGGGGCAAAGAAAUGAAAAACAGUUUCUUUGUUUUUUGUCCUGUGAUCUGUAGUUACCCUAUUUUCAUAUUUCUGGAAGAUCCUACGUACAAGGACCAAAGUGAUAUCCACCAUUUGGUAAAAAGUGCAAAGAAUUGAGAACUAGCAGUCGUUUCAAAGGGGUCAAGCAGUUGAACAAACCUAUUCUUUUCAGCCGCUGUAAUGGCCAAUAAUCACUUGCAGUCAGACUCCACGCGUCUGUACUCGUGGUGGUGGGAUAGUCACAUUCCUAAAAACUCAAAAUGGAUUCAGGACAAUCUUUCAGAUAUGGAUUCCAAAGUCAAGACAAUAAUAAAGCUCAUCGAAACAGACGCAGAUUCGUUUGCAAGAAGAGCAGAAAUGUACUACAAGAAACGUCCAGAGCUCAUGAAACUAGUUGAAGAGCUAUACAGAGCUUACCGUGCUUUAGCUGAGAGGUAUGAUCACACAACAGUGCAGCUUCGUCACGCGCAUAAAGCUAUGGCUGAGGCGUUUCCUGACCAGGUUCCUUUCGACCUGAUCGAUGAUUCUGCAUCAUCUACAUCUGGACCUCCUAAAGAAGAUGGUGCAACAAGUAAAAGCAGUAGUUCAAGUCACCUAAACGAAUUGCACCAACAAACUUCUGACGCUCACCACCAAGGAGAUAGUGAAGUAGAAAGCUUGAAGAGAACAUUGCUCGAGCUUCAGACUGAAAAGGAGGCUUUGAAUCUCAGGUAUCAGCUAAGCUUGAACAAACUAUCAAGAUUCGAAAAGGAGCUCAACGAUGCUCAAAAGGAUGUUAGAGGAUUUGAUGAACGUGCUUGCAAAGCUGAGAUUGAGAUUAAAGUGCUCAAAGAAUCUCUUGCAAAGCUAGAGGUGGAGAGGGACACAGGGCUUCUUCAGUUUACUCAGUCUAUGGAGAGAAUAGCGGCAUUGGAAGCAUCUGUUUCUCAUGAGCAAGAACAAGCCAAGGGACUCAGUGACAGAACAUCUAAAGCAGAAAGAGAAGCAAGUAGUCUCAAGCAAGAGAUUUCAAGAUUGCAAUCUGAGAGAGAGGCUGGCUUGGUCCAAUACAAUAAAUGCCUUGAGCUGAUAUCUGUUUUGGAGAAGAGGAUUAGAGAUGCUGAGGAGAGUGUUGAAACGUUCAAGGACAAAUCUGAGAAAGCAGAGAAUGAAAUCAAAGCUUUGAAACAAGAAGUUGUGAAGUUAAACGAAGUGAAUGAAGACUUGAAAGUUAGAUACCAGCUGUGUCUGGAGACGAUAUCAAAUUUAGAGAGAGAGGUUUCUCAUGCUCAGGACAAUGCCAAAAGGCUUAGCAGUGAAGUUCUUGCUGGAGCUGCAAAGGUAAAGACUGUGGAGGAACAGUGUGCUCUUUUGGAGAGCUUCAAUCAAAAUCUGAAGGUAGAAGCAGAUAGUCUAGCGCAGAAGAUGUCAGCUAAAGAUCAAGAACUUGUCCAGAAGCAAAAGGAUCUUGAAAAGCUCCAAACUCUAAUGCAAGAACAAGAGUUUCGGUUUUUGGAACUCGAAACUAGUCUUAGAAAUUUGGAGAGUUUGCAUUCUCAGUCUCAAGAGGAACAGAGAGUUCUCACCAUGGAGCUCCAAAGCAAGGCUCAAAUGUUGAGAGAACUUGAGAUGAGUAAUCAUAAGUUGGAAGGUGACACUAGCUUACAGAUUCAGAGAAAUGAGAUCUCUUGUUUGAAGAAGAUGAAAGAAAAGCUUGAGGAAGAAGUUGCAAAACAGAUGAACCAGAGCAGUUCCCUUCAAGUUGAGAUACACCGCAUGAAGGCUUACAUGGACAACUUGAAUAGGAGAUACCAGCAACUAAUUGAACAAGUGAGACUCACAGGUUUUGAUCCCUCAUCACUUGUCUUCUCAGUGAAGAAACUACAAGAAGAGAACUCAAAGCUUCUCCAGUUAUGUUCCAACCAGAGAGAUGAUAAAGACACUCUAACAGGGAAGCUGUCUGAAAUGGAUAACGUUAUAAAGAGGAAUGCUGAUUUGGAGAAACUGCUUUUGAUAUCAAACACAAAACUAGACGGUUCCAAAGAGAAAGGAGAGGACCUGCAAGAAAGAUGUGAGUCUUUAAGAAGAGAGAGAUCUGAGCUUGCUGCUGAGAGAACAAACUUGUUUUCUCAGUUACAGAUCAUGACAGUGAACAUGCAGAAGCUCUUGGAGAAGAACUCUUUAUUGGAGAGAUCCCUUUCUAAUGCAAACAUUGAGCUUGAGAGUCUAAGGGACAAGUCAAAGUGCUUUGAAGAGUUGUUCACUUUGCUCAAGAGUGAUAAGUCUGAACUCAUAAAGGAGAAAGAAUCUCUUCUGUCUCAACUGCAUAAAGUUGAGGAGAAGCUAGGUGUCUUGGAGAAGAAGUUUACAGAGCUAGAAGUAAAAUACUCUGACCUACAGAACGAGAAGAAGCUCAAGAGUCUUCAAGUAGAAGAGUUACAAGUCUCGCUUUCCACUGAGAAGCAGGAGCAUGCUGAUUAUAAAAGAUCUACUGAAAGCAGAUCAGCAGAUCUUCAGAGGAACGUGAGCCUUCUUAGAGAAGAGUGCCGCUCAAGGAAAAGAGAGUAUGAGGAAGAGCUUGACAGAGUUGUAAACAAACAAGUUGAGAUCUUCAUCUUGCAAAAGCUUAUAGAAGAACUUGAGCAGAAGAACGUCUCUCUCCUUAUUGAGUGUCAGAAGCAUGAAGAAGCAUCUGAACUUUCAGAGAAACUCAUUUCUGAACUGGAGAGUGAGAAUCUUGAGCAGCAGAUGGAAGCAGAGAUCUUCUUGGAUGAGAUUGAUAGCUUGAGGAGUGCAAUCUAUCAAGUGGUGAAGGCACUUCAAGUUGAAGCAGAUUGCAAGACUUCGCAACAGAAAAAGAUUACAAAAGACCAAACAUCACUUGUUGUGGGAGAGAUUAAUGGGUUGAAGCGUUCACUUUCAAGCGCUGAAUAUGAGAUGCAGAGACUUGUGGUUGAGAACUCAGUGCUCUUGUCUCUACUUGGACAGUUUCAUUCAGAUGGUUUGAUGUUGGAAUCAGAGAAGAACAUGCUGGAAAAGGACAAGCACGAGUUGUUGGAAGCGAACCGGUCGUUGAAAUCAGAACUGAUCAGAAGAGAACAACAAGAGCAAGAGCUCAGAGCUGAAACACAAACGGAGCAUUCAAAGUUUGAGAGUUUGAACCAGUCAUACAUGGUUUUGCAACAAGAGUAUUCCUCCACACUCAACGCUAACAAAACUCUGCUUUCAGAGUUCUCACAACUUAGAAGUGGAAUGCGUAUAGCUGAGGAAGAAAACGAUGCAACUCUUCAGGAAGCUGUUGCUUUGAGUAGCAUGUGUGUGGUUUACAGGUCCUUUGGGUUUGAAAUGGCUGAAGAGGUCAAAGCUUUUGCUGAAACUGUUAGCAUUUUACGAGAAAGUAAUACAGACCUCAAGCACAAGGUUGAGACACUGGAGGAGAAGUUAAAAGGUAAAGAGGAAGAAAAUAAAGGACUUGAUAAGAAGCUGGAGAAGUUACAAGAAGGGCUUGAAGUAGACAACUUCUUAAAUGGAAUCUUGGAACAUCAGGUUCUUGAUGUAGACGAAAUCUUGGAACACAGGGAAAUGGAGAUCACAGAAGCAGAGCAUAUGCUCAAGGCUACACAAAGUGAAAACGAAGAGCUGCACAGAGAAGUUGAGGAGCUGAGGAAAGACGUUGAAGAAUCAAGAAACAUGAGGGGGGACUUGCAGAGGCAGAUCUUUGGAAUGUCAGAUCUUGCUGGGAGGCAGGAGGAAGAGAUAAGAAAACUCAACGCUUUGAAUGGGAUUUUGGAGUCAGAGAUAGAGUUGUUACACAAAGAAGUCCAAAGACAACAGCUUAGAGAAGAGUUACUUAGUCUGGAGCUGCAAGAGAAAAGCAAUGAGGUUGGACUCUGGGAUGCUAAUGCAACAUCUUUCUACUUUGAUCUUCAAAUCUCAUCUACCCGCGAAUUAUUACUUGAGAACAAAGUUAAAGAACUCAGUGGAGUAUGUGAAGAUCUCAGAGAUGAAGCUGUUGCAAAGACGAGGAAGAUGAAAGAAAGAGUUUGCUUUUUGGAGUCUCAAUUGACUGAGCUGCAGACUCAAUUGUCAGCUUAUGAUCCUGUGAUAGCAUCUUUGGCAAAAGAUGUGAAAUCUCUUGAGAAAAGUAGUCAGGCUUUAACGACAAGUCCUGCACUAGCCUAUCAACAAAGAGAGGAAGAAUCUGUUUGUGAAGAGUUUGAAGAAAGUGGAAGCAUCACCACUCCAGGAAAUGGAACUGUGAUUAAAAUGAAACCAAGGCUUUUAAGGCAAAGAACAAGAAAUGCCUCCUACAGAAGCAGAAGCCGCAGGAAGAUUGAAGAGAUACAAUGUGAGGAAAGGGUCACUGGUGAAUCUAGCCGACCAAGAUGGAAGCCUGAGAUGAGAGAAGUGAAAAAUGAGUUAUUAAGUAGUGGUGGUGGUUCCAAUGGCCUAAGCCGGAAUCCCUCUAUAGAAUCUGAGAAAGUGGUUGGAGUCGUUGACAAGCAAGAGCUAUCUAGAAACAUAGAAGACAAGGCAAAGAUCAUGGAGAGACUGUUGUCUGACUCAAGAAGACUGCUAAGUCUCCGGAUUAGCCUAACGGAUUUAAAAAGCAAGCUGGAGAUGAACGGGAAACAAGGCAGAGUCAGCAAAGCUGAUAUAGUUAUAGUGAAGAGACAGCUGAAAGAGAUGGAAGAAGCUGUCUUGCAGAUGACAAACACAAACGAGAUUCUCUCAAAGGAAGCCGAGGAGACUUCCGGAGAUUCCAGAGAUAUAUACAGAAAAGUUGUUAUGGAGAAGUCAAGAAACGGGUCUGAGAAGAUUGAGCAGUUGCAGAGCAAAUUGCAGAGCAUUGAGAAAGCGGUUCUGAAGCUUGAAGAUGGAGCUACAAGCAAACGAAGCAGGACAAUGAUUCUCUUCAGAGACAUUAUCCACAAGGGCGGGAAAAGAAGUGCAAGACAGAAGAAAAACCGGUUCUGCGGGUUUAUAAGAUCUUCUCCUAAAGAAGAGCAGGAUGGUUUAUAAGUAAUAAUAUAUGAUUGAGCUGACUAUAGUAGUACUAUUAUGGUAUGAUUUUUGAAAUAAUGGAGCGGUUUGCCUAAGAUAUAUAUUGUAAAAUAAAGCUAGUUCAGAGGACAAAGAAGCAUAUAUAUAUAUUACAAGAAAUGUUUGUGGAGAA